AUGACUUUUAUUAAGGUUGUAUUUAGUGAUUUAAGUACCGCCACCAUUAUAGUACUCCUUGUUGUUGUUGUUAUUAUUGUUGUUGUUGUUGGUACUGCCAUCACUUUAGUACUCGUUGUUAUUGUUGUUACAGUGGUUAGUGCUACCCCCAUUGUGAUACUCCUUGUUGUUAUUAUUGCUGUUGUUUUUGUAGUAAGUGCUAUCCCCAUUGUGAUACUUCUCGUUGUUAUUGUUGUUGUUGUUGUUAUAAUGAGUUCUCUCCUUAUUGUGAUACUCCUUAUUGUUAUUGUUAUUGUUAGUACUGUCACCAUUAAAGUACCCUUCAUUGUUGUUGUUGUUAGUACUGCCACCAUUAUAGUACUCCUUAUUAUUGUUGUUGUUGUUGUAGUAAAUGCUACCCCCAUUGUGAUACUCCUCGUUAUCGUUGCAUUAGUUGUUGUUAUUUUUGUUAGUACUGCCACCAUUGAAGUACUUGUUGUUGUUAUUGUUGUUGUUGUCAUUCGUAUUGCCACCAUUGAAGUACACCUUAUUGUUGUUAUU